AUUCAAUUUGUGGUGUUACUUGUUGCAAGCAUGGCUCCUGUCUCUGUUAAGGAUAUAGAUGGUCAUGUGUACAUCAAAGCGCUGGCCCAGUUCCUGAAGAAAACCGGCAAAGUGAAGCUACCUGAUUGGACUGACGUCGUGAAGCUUUCUACAGCCAACCAGUUGGCCCCGUAUGAUCCCGACUGGUUCUAUGUUCGUUGUGCUGCUGUUCUCCGCCACCUGUACAUCAGACCUACUGGGCUAACUGGUCUGAGCAAAGCAUUUUCGAGGAAGAAGCGCAAUGGUGUCAGACCAUCCCACCGUUCUUUGGCACAUGGUUCAGUCAUCAGGAAAGCUAUGCAACAGAUGGAAGCUCUGGGAUUGUGUCAAAAACGUGAGGGCGGUGGAAGGUCUCUUACAUCGGCUGGUAGACGCGACUUGGAUAGACUAGCCUACCAAAUUUCGAGAGAGCGUCGUUAAUGCAUUGAAUACAUAAUUUUGGCAUGAAAA